CAGUGGGUAGCAGUCAUGCUGCAGGAGUGCGAGGGCUUCCCGGGUCGGUCGGGGCGCUGCCCAGACACAAAUUGCGCUUUUACCUCUACUUUUACCUUCAUGUUAAAGAAGAAGUGUAGCAGUUCUAGCAAACUCCUCAAAUGAAGUGGUGCACAGGGCUGUUGGUCUUUCCUGACAUGGGCCUUGACAGAGCUUGCUACGGAGAGCGCUCCUUCUUGAGAUUCCCGUAAAAUGCCACACACGCUAGACACAAAUGGUGUUCCAAACACAAAACGUGUUAUUACUUUACUUUCCCUAUGUCCUUCCUGACGGCAUGCCAGUGUUGGGCAGAGACCUUUGGAAAUACCACGCAAGAUAAUAUGAAACCUUACCCCGGACUUUUGCAAUACUGUGUUCAUUCUCCAGUGGUUGACACCCCUGAGCUUUUUUCUGCCUCCUGUUAUGUUUGGGGAUUCAUGAAGCAGUGUUGCCACAUCCGAGUUGUAGCCUCUGUGGUUCUUCUUUACCUUUUGCCUGUAAGAAUCUUCCAUAAAACUCAUAAAAAGACCACACAUGUACGCAGCGGGGCAGAGAAGGGCUGAACAAAGUCUUGCUGCAGACCUGAAGUGCCUGACCCUUCCCAUAACCUUCUCUCUUGCUGUAAAUCACAAAUCCAGUGUUCAGUAUGACUGAAACGAGCCCUUGUGCUUAAUUGCCCUUGUCUCUUGGUUUAGGCGGUUGUCUUGUGUGCUUAUCUGGACAUGGGAGGCAUUGAUCUCAGGGAUCGGUCUGUGAUUGAGCUGGGAGCUGGAACUGGAUUGCUGGGAAUAGUGGCCACAUUAUUAGGUGCUCGUGUUACCAUCACAGACAGGGCGGCAGCACUGGAGUUCCUGGAGUCAAAUGUACAGGCUAACUUACCUUCUGAACUACGUCCGAGAGCUGUGGUGAAGGAACUGACUUGGGGAAAAGACCUGGGUAACUUCGCUCCAGGAGCAUUUGACUUCAUCCUGGGUGCAGACAUCGUUUAUCUGGAAGAAACUUUUGCUGAACUGCUUCAGACGCUGGAGCACCUGUGCUCAGACCAAACUGUGAUUCUUCUUUCCUGUCGUAUCCGCUAUGAACGGGAUCACAAAUUCUUGAAGAUGCUGAGAGGCCGUUUCUCUGUAUAUGAGGUCCACUAUGAUUCCAAUAAGGAUGUUCAUAUCUACAAAGCGCAGAGGGCUAGUCGCAAGGAUGACUUUUGACUCGAUGCUUUGUUAGUAAACCACUGAUGCUGUUCGAUCCUCCCCUUGUUUCUACUCAAUACACUUGUUCCUAAGCAUAUAAUUGCAGUUGUGUUAUUUCCCCGGCUUCUUGUUCUGACGGUCUU